AUGUCGGCCUCAGCCCUGUUCAAAACUAUUCCAAUGACAUCUCUUCCACAGAAAACACGUGUGUUGGAUCUCUACAAACGUUUAAUGCGUUUGUCAAAGACAUGGACUUCAGCAAGUGGUGAUGCCACUCGAUCUGCAAAGGAAAGAGAGUACAUUAAGCAAGAGGCUAGAACCCUCUUUCGAAGCAAUGCGCAUCUAACUGACCCAAAAACUAUUGAGGCCCAUAUCCUAGAAGGUGAAUCAAGACUUGAAUUGGCAAUUCAUUACAGGAAUCCCUAUCCCCGUUUAUCUAAUCUUCCAAAAUCCUCCGUUGCGAAUCGAUCCAUGAAGAGGAAUCAGCGAGCUUUCGACGAGUCUGUUCCGGCUUAUCUGCGUUCCUACAAAACCGGCAAGGAUACAUCAGACAAUUAA